AUGGAGAAUUGUAACUCGAGCAAGUAUCCUAUGGAAGCAAAGUUGCAGCUCAGAAAUGAUGUGGAAGGAAGUUUAGUGGAUCCGAAGGAGUAUAGGCGUAUUAUCGGGUGUCUCAGAGAAGCCUACCACUCUAACCAACAGGCAGUAAAACGUAUUCUUCGUUACGUGAAAGGAACGACGAAUUAUGAGAUUCAGUUAAGAAGAGGACGAGAAGUUGAAGAACUCGUUGGUUUUACUUACAGCGACCUAGCCGGUGACACAGACGACAGAAAAAGUACUAGAGGGAUGGUGUUUUAUCUUAACAGGAAUCUGAUCACGUGGCAAUCUCAGAAGCAACGAACUGUUGCUUUGUCUUCAUGUGAGGCGGAGUUUAUGACAACUACUGUAGCGUCGUGCCAAGGCCUAUGGAUGCGAGCCGAGGCCGGUAACCCUCUAUGUUGA